AACGUCACGGCUCCUUCCAAUGCUCCCUCGCGGGGUACAAGCUAAUUUACUCGAUUCCUGAUUCGAGGCGCCCGCAAUUCAAGCCAAUUUACUCGAUGCCUGAUUCGGGGCGCCCCGCAAUUCAAGCCUACCCUUUGUCUUCCACAUGAAGCACCACACUUUAAACUUCUUACAAACGCACGCACUUGCCUUCCUCGCUUCCCUCUCUAUGCCUCCCCGCUCCCUUAUCCAUGCCUCCCUCGCGCAUAUCCGGGUGCGCAGAUCACGAAAUGGCUCAGCCUUUCUCGGAGAAGCGGAAACUGGCCGGCACAGGCCCGCGGCAACCCAGGGAGGUGAGCCCUCUGGUCAUCUCCCUGCACAGCGACGACGACCUGGUUGACGACGACCUGGUUGCGGUUGCGGUAUCCUCGGGGAAAAAGAAGCCUGCGCCGUCCGCGCCCAGCACGGAAAAGAAGAAGCGGGGCCUGCCCUUGUUUGGUACCUCGCUGCCGCCGCUGAAGCGGCAAAUUUUGGAUGACUCAGCGCGCUUUGCGACGCAAUUUGAAGCUGCUCCAUUGCUCGCCUCGCAUGCGGGCACCGGCCUAGACCUUUUCCGCCUCCCCUCUUCUUCCGCCGCCGCCAUCGCCACCGCCGCCGCCGAGCCGGUAGCCCCACAACAAGCUGCCAACCAGGAGGCGCCCAGCUCUCGGGCCGUCCUCCUGAGAAGAGGCCUCCGAGACGAAGUCAGCCGACUGAAAGAAGAGCUCAAGGAGUCGACAGGAAUGCCGAACCAGUCGACAGAGAAGCAGCAGCAGCAGGAAAAGGAGCUCCUCAACCUCCAGCAGCAGGUCCACGAACUGCAACAACAGCUUCAGGAUCGGGAGCAAGAGCUUGUGCGAAGCUACCAGGCAAGCCAAGGUCCGAUUGUGGCAAUAGAUGAUAAGAUCGACAAGCUCGACAGCCAAAAUGCCGUCGAGGACCUGCGGGGUAUCAAAGCCGAGCUGGAGAAGAACGAGACGGAGCUGCAGGAUGUCAGAGCCGACUUGGCUGACAGGGAGGAGGUGAUCAAAAGCCUUAGCGACAUGUUCGAUGCGCGAGCGGAGAUGCGUCAAUUCAAUGGCGGGAGGAGUGUCAGUCCCCAGACGGAGCUGGACGUCGCCCUCAUGACGAAUAAGCACCUCGAGAACUAUGUGUCAGACCUGACGGACCAGCACGAGAAAAAGUUCGCCGCCCAGAAGGGGCAGCACAAGCAAGAGUUGGCCGCCCAGAAGGAGCAAAACAAGCAAGAGUUGGACGCCCAGAAGGAGCAGCACAAGCAAGAGUUGGCCGCUGAGAAAGCCAAGUACGAGCGUCGACUGCUGGACCAGAAUGUCCGAUUCGAGGGUGAAAAGCAUCUCUAUAUCCUGCAGGUUGAGAGCCAGCAAGCCGAGGCCGCCAAGAUGCGGCAAGACAUGGAAGCAGCACGCCUCGCACACAGUGAAGACAUUCGGCAGCUCCGGUCAGAGAACCAGCUCCUCGCCGAGCAAAAGCACCAGGCGGAGCAACAAGCACUCCAAGUCAAGGAGCAGCAACGCCAGGCCGAGGAAGGCAGACGCGAGGCUGUCAGCCAACAUGCCGACGACAAGGCCCCCUGGGAGGCAAGGCUGUCUAAAGCCAACAUCACCAUAGCCCAACGAAACUCGAAGCGUCUGGAGGAAAGAAGACUCAGCCUUUCCCAGGUGGAGAAAGAGAGGCUGGUGCGCGACGGAAAGCAGUUCGCCUCGGAGAACAAGAAGCUGGCGAAGGAUAAUGCGGCCCUGACCAAAAAGGUCACCGACCUGACCAAUAUAGUCAAUAGUAAGACCAAUAAGGCCAUGACCAAGCAUAUCGAGGGCCAGAUACUGCAGGCCAGGCAGGGCGAGUUGCAAGCGCAGAGCGAGCGACAGGAACUAGCCGCGCGGUACGACGCUAUAUUCGCGCGGCUGGUCGAUGCGCUGGCCCAUAAUUCGCGGCUCAAGGACCAACUAGACGAGUGCGAUGUCAAGAUCCAGUAACACAGAGAGCUGGCCGACGGGUUGGAGCGGCGUCGCCAGGGGGGAGAGCUGGAGAUAGAGUAGCGGCUGCCGCGGCAAGAAGAAAG